AUGUCAAAUCAAUUUAGUAAUCAAAGGUGUAGCAAAUGCUACCAAAAAUAUUCAGGUUUAAAAGCAACGUGUUCUGAUUCUAGUUGUAACCGGGAACACCUUUUCAAAAAAAAUGGACAACUUUUUUGUGUUGUGUGUUUAAUGAGAGAAGGAAAUAUAAAAUGUCAAAAAUGUCGUAAAUCGAUAACUUGCUUAGAAGAAAUGGGCAAGUGGAGAGGGAACGUGUUUUCGUCGGAUGACCAUACUUAUGAUAUCAACAAUUUUGGGUGUGAAUGUCGCGAGUGUAACCAUGGUGAAAACAAAAAAAGUAAGUUAAAACGUUGUCAGGGAACCUUUUCCGUUGAUUACAACGGAGGCCACAAAGCCAAAUACGGCUCCACGCAAUUUAAUCAAUGUGAUUCGGCAGUUCCGAUUGACGGAGGGGAUUUUUGUCAGCAAUGUCAAGGUCAAACAGAAACCUACCAACAACUAAAAGUUAGAUUAGAUGCCGAACACAAGCGAAUAUUUGAAGAAUACCGCCGAGCCCGGGAAAAAGCCCAAAAUUGGUGGAAUACUCUUUCGAGUUCCGACCCGCAUUUGGUUCCGAUUCAAAUCACGGAUGAGUUUCUGGAAAAAGAAAUUGGAUUUAGGGAUAAUUUAGCACUAGAAAUGAUACAUAAUCAACAAAUGGUAGUGAGGAAAAAUAAUAAUGAUAAUAGUUCACCGUUGGCUGAUAAUCCUGUUUCUCCUACUCAACCACCGCAACCCGAAAAUAACCAAAGAACCGACGAAAAGAACCAUAAUGACGGGCAAAAAUCAUUAGAAAAUAGGGACAAGAGCGAAAAGAAAAAAAUAGAAGUUGGAAAUGAAAAUAAGGAUAAUAAAUUAAUUAUCGACUUGAAAAAUGUCAAAAAAAUAACGUUAAGAGAAGAUGGUAAAUUAGAAAUUGAAUUUAAUAAUAGUGAAAAUGGUAAUUAUUCAAUAAGCCAAAUUGUAACUGACGAACAAAUAAGUAAUAACCAAGAACUACAAAAAAUUAAAAAUUAUUGUCAGGAGAAAGGCAAAACGAGUCUGGAGCAGCAAGAAUUAAAUAGCCUUCUUUCUGUUACCACUCCGGAAAAGCCCCGUGAUGGCAAUAAUUCUCUCUUAAUAAUAAGUAUCUUUGGUGGGACUUUAAUAGUGGGAAUAGUGAUUGGAUUAUUUUGGAGAAAGAAAAAGAGAUAA